UGAGUUUUCUCUUUUGUCGAAAAAAUAAAAGAAAAGGCCGAGUAAGGCCCAAUACACUGCACGACAAACCCGCCAUCUUUUCUUUUUUUUACCCGGUUCUAGCCGUCCGGUUUCAGCAGCGUCGUCAUCGUCGCAACGCUAUACGUUCCGACGACGUCGUAGACCGUGAGAUUGAUUCCCAGAUUGGCUGAAGGAAAGGACUAUCCUCAAUCAGAGUGCAAAGCAUAGGCCCUAAUCAAAGUUAUACUCGACUUGUAAUUAAAGAAUGGCAUGUUUAGUUCAACCUCCAUUCAUGAUGUCUACCAAUUCAGUUCCCAGAGUCCGCUCCCCAAUGCAGAAGGUGUUGAAAACCUCACAUGCAGUACAUUUACACACUCUGUCUCACAUUCGGAUGAAACAUUCCCCUGUUCGCUGCAUAAAACUGACUCGCUGGGAGCCCUCGUCUGCCACAUACACCCCCACCGAGAGUGCUGAUGACAGCAUCUUAAAUAAAACCACCAACAUAUUUGAAACCCUUUCUUCAGUUAGCACUGAUGAAGCACAAGAAACCAACAGUGAAAAGCGUAUUGAUGCAAGUAAUCAGACAAGACCAGAGGUUCAGUUCCUCAAAUGGCCAAUGUGGCUCUUGGGCCCUUCUCUUCUCCUCAUCACUGGCAUGGUGCCAACUUUGUGGCUACCGCUAUCGUCCAUAUUCCUUGGCCCCAACAUAGCCAGCCUGCUUUCCUUGGUCGGACUUGAUUGCAUAUUUAAUCUUGGUGCAACCCUUUUUCUCCUCAUGGCUGAUUCUUGUGCUCGCCCCAAACUCCCAGAACAAGCCUGCAAAAGCAAGCCUCCCUUUAGCUACCAGUUUUGGAAUAUGGUUGCAACUGUGACUGGAUUUAUCAUUCCCCUGAUGAUGGCUUUUGGAUCCCAAAAGGGUUUCCUCCAACCCCAGCUGCCUUUGAUCUCAUUUUCAGUUCUAUUGGGUCCCUACCUUCUGCUUAUUUCAGUACAGAUACUGACUGAGAUGCUGACUUGGCAUUGGCAGUCACCAGUUUGGCUGGUGACCCCUGUAGUGUACGAGGCUUACCGGCUGUUGCAGCUGAUGAGGGGAUUGAAGCUUGGAACUGAGCUCAGUGCACCCGCAUGGAUGAUGCAUACAAUUAGGGGACUGGUGUCCUGGUGGGUGCUAAUUCUUAGCAUGCAGCUGAUGAGAGUUGCUUGGUAUGCAGGCUUUACUUCUCGAACUCGUCAUCAGCAACAGCGGCCUUCUGAUGAUGACUAGUGAUAUAUACCCUAGCUUGGAAAAGAAAAAUGAAAUCGACGCUGGCUUUAAAUAUUUGUUUUGUUUUAUAGUUCAAGGAAUAUGUGGUUUAGUGAAUCUAUUAUUUGCUUUGUUCAUAUCAACAUGCACAGGUGAUGUAUCUAUGAGCUACAAAGAACUGGCAUGUCAUGCAGUACAGGUCCUUUUUGUCUCAGUCUGUAAAGAUCUCAAUUUUCUUGUUGUGACCUUAAAGUGAUCUUUAGCAAUGCAACUGUACAUUUAUAUUGUCUA